AUGACGACUGUCACCUGGACACAUGAAGACCUCCAUGGAAUGUUGGGUCUACAAAUGCUGAGAGUACCCAUGACAAUGCUGUUUAUUAGUCAUCAGUUCCCUGAUUAUUAUGAUCCUACAAUAGAAGGUGUUUAUAAGACCCAAGUGAGGAUUGACCAUGAGUCAGCUUAUCUUGACAUCUUGGACACUGCUGGUCAAAUGCACACAGCCAUGAGGGGACAGGCUAUGCGAGGCAGAGAGGGUGUCAUCAGCUGCUUCUCUAUCAUGGACCGGACCCAAUCUUUCCAGGAAGCAGCCAAGUUGAAAGAGCUCACUUUUUAGGUUAGCCACAACUAUGGAAUUCCUUUGGUGGGCACCAAAAUCAACCUGGAACAAUUCCACAAAUAUCGUUUAUUUCCCCAUCAGGUCUCUAGAAAAGAAGGCUUGAGUCUGGUCCAAGAAGAUAACUGUGCUUUCUGCGAGACCUCUGCAGCCCUCAGACUCUGCGUCUGUGGUGCUUUUCAUGGCUUAGUGAGAGAAAUUCACAAAAAAGAGUCUAUGACCUCCUCGAUGGAAAAGAAACUGACAAGAAAAGACAGCCUGUGGAAGAAGUUAAAAGGUUCCCGGAAGAAGAGAGAAAACAUGGCAUGCCAUGCCUCUUUCUGA